GGAAUGCAUUACUAUAGUACAUUGGGGUAAUGAGCGUUCAGAAUACAGAUGGUGAAAACUCUGAAUUUGAUUUCUUUCAUAAUAUUUACUUAUGGGAGUUUCUCCUAAGCUUGAGACCUAUAUAUCACAAGGCCUGUGGAAAUUUUAUCUUGGAUUUCCCAUAGGCACUUGUGGGCCAAACCAAACAUAGUUUCUCUCAUGCUUAGGACUUUUCAGUAGGUUCCCGUCACCUACAAAAUGAAGCCAAUACUCGGAUGCUUUGCUUAUCAUAGAAAGAACUAUUGCAAGCAUAUCCCAGCAUGCCUUUCUGCCCACAAUUAUUUUUCCCUUCUUCCUGAAAUUCUCAAUGACUAGUCAUUCUCUUGUGUUGCUGGUAAAAUCUUAUUUAUCCAGGGUACUUUAUGGAUUUUUCUAUUUUUUAGUCACUUUCUAUUUUAUAUUUAAAUGAUCUCUUUAUGUGUCCAUCUCUCCCAUGAACAACCUAAGCUGGGAAGGCUUGGGUGGGUCCAUAGUUAUCUUUGUGUUCUUAGUGCUUAGGUCAAUACCUGGCAUAGAGUACAUAACUUUUUUAUUCAAAUGAACCUGUCAGACUCUGAUUGGUUAUAUUCUGAGGCCCUGUCACUAAACAUGGUCAUUUAUCUCAGAAGUUGAAGGUUCCCCUAGAGCCAGCUGCAAAGUUCCCAGAGCACAGCGAGUUAAACAUAGAGUGGGCUGCCCUGAAUUGGCAUCCCUAAAUACAGAGUCCAGGGUUGGAGCAGGAGAAGAACAAUGAAAGCCAGCUGCUCCAGGUACCUGUUACUCUUAUUUCUCCUCACAUGUGAACUGGCCCCAGAAGUUGCUGGAGAAGUUGAAGAGUCCUCAGAUGGUCCUGGUACUGCCCAGGGACCUAUGUGGCUCACAGAUGUCCCAGCUGCCGAGGAAUUCAUCUCUGCUGCUGAGGUGGCCAUCAUAGGCUUCUUCCAGGAUCUAGAAAUACCAGUAGUGUCUGUAUUCUAUAGCAUGGUGCAAAAAUUCCAAGAUGUGUCAUUUGGAAUCAGCAAUAACUCUGAGGUCCUGGCGCACUACAACAUCACCAGGAACUCCAUUUCCCUCUUUCGUCUGGUGGAUAAUGAACAGUUGAAGUUAGAGGGUGAAGAGGUUGAAAACAUGGAAGCUGCCAAAUUAAGCCUUUUCAUUGAGACCAACAGCCUGCGCUUGGUGACAGAAUACAACCCUAUGACUGGGUUUGGCCUAUUUAACACCAUGAUUGAGAUUCAUCUUCUCCUGGUGAUAAGCAAAGCAUCUCCAGAGUAUGCCGAGAAUAUGAACAGAUACCGGAAGGCAGCUACGCUCUUCCAGGGAAAGAUUCUCUUUGUCCUGGUGGACAGUGGUAUGAAGGAAAAUGAAAAGGUGAUAUCAUUUUUCAAACUAAAGAAGUCUCAGCUGCCAGCUUUGGCAAUUUACCGAACGCUUGACGAUCAGUGGGAUACACUGCCUAUAACUGAAGUUACAGUAGAGCAUGUGAAAAGUUUUUGUGAUGGAUUUCUAGAAGGGAAACUGUUGAGAGAAAAUCGUACAUCAGAAGAAAAGACUCCAAAAGUGGAACUCUGACUUCUCCUUGGUAUUUCCACUUAUUACCACAUACUUACAUUAUGCUGAACAAAAACAACACAUGAGAGAUACCAAACAACACAUUCACCAGGACUUUCAACCACACAUGUACAGAGAGAGAGAGAGAGAGAGGAUUUAUUCCAUUUUGUUCCUUAAAAAUCUCAUUGACUUUUCUUCUUUCUUUUAAAUUCCCUGUACUCUUUGGCUCCCUAUCUAAUUUGCUAUUGAACAUUCAUACUGUGUAGGCCCACCUAUGGUGGACAGCUUUAGAAAUCCUAUGACACUUGUAUGAAGGAGAGCCAUUCCUAGAGAGAAAUUGUUCCAAUGUAUCAUUAGUACUGAGCUUGCCUACUUCACAUGAUCCACACAACAAAGUUCCUGCUGUUUAGAGGUUGUCUAAGGAUUGAAACUCGACCUUCCUUCAUAAGCGCCCGUCUCUCUCUGACUCAGGGCCAAGAACAAAAGGAUGGUUUUUAAGCACUCUUCUGUGUUUUUGUCAGAUGUUAAAUGAUGUCCCCAAGUUUCUGAAUUUAGCAUAAACAGACCAUGUGAAAACUCUAUGCUUGUUUAGCAUCCCCAAUUCCCCAUGUAAAUCAACAAUCCAUAUAAUAAAUAAAGGCAAUGAUGUUA